GCCCCGGUCCCGGGUUUAAUUGAAUUCUGUGAAGUGGCAAUAUAAACACACUUGGCAGCCUGCCGGGAUGACUGCCUUUUUAAAUAAAUAUUUUGGAGCUGCCAUGUUGACCUUUAAUUGGGGUGAAAAGGUUGGAAAGGUGCGGGAGGGACCGUUGUGAGUGCGGGGCUCCCUGGACCUGGCUGGCUGGACCCCCACCUCUGCUUUAUUGGGCAGAAGCAGCCCUCUGGGCAAUGCACGGUGAGAGAGUAAUUCAGAAACUGUACAGUUCCAGACGAAUUCUUAGCCUUGUCAGCCACCCCUGACAAGAAUCAGCUCAGGCAAUUUUUUAAUAAGUCCAAGGGUAGAAAAGUCCCCAUUAAAUUGUCACUAACAUGAAUAGGCAUGAGAUUGUUUUUAAGGAUUUCUUUAACAAGGAAUUUUUUGCCUGAGUGGUCUUUAUCCCUGUUUCUUACUAGAUAGUGUUUAUAUAGUACUUCAUGUUUUAGUGUCUCUUAAAAAAAAUCCACAGUAUGGUCUAGCAUGAUCCAAGAAUUCUGUUCCUGAAGCGUAGAGAUGGUGUCUAGGAUGUGGUAUCCCAGCACUUCUAGUACAUUUUCCACCUAAGCUGGACUUCUAAUUAAAAUGUUCUGGUUUCAAGGAAAUAGCAUGCAACUUGCCAAAUCCUCCUUUAGACACUCCUUGCGAAAUCUCUCUGCCUCUAAGACUAGACUGCCUGUGCUAACCUUAUUCACAAAGGAUCCAUGCCCCCUUUGUGAUGAAGCCAAGGAAGUACUUGAGCCUUAUAAAAACAGGUUUAUUUUACAGGAGGUGGACAUCACACUUCCAGAAAACUCUGCUUGGUAUGAAAGGUAUAAAUUUGACAUUCCUGUGUUUCAUUUGAAUGGCCAGUUUCUGAUGAUGCAUCGAGUAAACACCUCAAAACUUGAAAAACAGCUCCUGAAACUUGCGCAAGAUUCUAGAGACUGACCAGUUGCCUCCAUGAUUUUCUACCCUCUGUCACAAGGCAUCUUCCUGAGAUAAUGACUUCAUAUUCCUUUUGUCACUUUCACAGAAACCUAAGGAUGUUCUGAACUUAGUGGUGACACAGAAGUGUUGCCAUUCCUCUUCUGAUUAAUGGAAGAACCCAUGUGGGAACUCUUUACUUAUGGGCAUUUUAUAAAAUAAGAGGAGUGUAUUGGCAGAGAGGGGGAUGAUGGAAGGUGGGAGAGAUGCAUUUGUUGGAUUCAUUUUUCCUUUUUUAUUAAUGUGUAAACACUUCACAUGCACUGGACAGUGUCAUUUAUAGGAAGAAGGCUUGCAUUCCUCUGCUGCCCUGAAGGGCUUAACUUUUUAAUGAAAGAAUAAAUGCUUUUCUACUCAGUAGAUAAAGUGAAAUGUGAAUUGUAAUAUCUGCA